UCCGACACCAGCUCGACAACCCAGCUCGACAACAAAGCUUCUUUCCAGAUCUUUUUCUUUUCUGGAUAUUAUUACUAUUAUUACCUACUUUACUGUUCUAUAUCACUUCCUGUGUCGAUAUUCUAUCUGUUCUAAGAUCUGCACAUACAUACAGUCUGUUCAAAAUGCAACUCACCAAGACCCUCAGCCUGCUUGCCGCAUCGCUCUCUGUCCUCCUCGCGCCUGUCACCGCGGCGCCCGCUCCCGGCACCAGCUGCCACGUUGGCGCCAGCUGGCCCGACCACCACGACUGCCACAAGUUCUUCGAGUGCGCUGCGGGCGGCCAUCCCGUGCGCAAGACCUGCGGCCCCGGCACCGCGUAUAGUCCCGAGAUCGGCGUUUGCGAUUAUGAGUGGAAGGUCCGUUCUUGCCGGGCUCAUUCCUGGACCCACGGUGCCGAGGAAGGUGCUUCUGGUUCACAUUCUGGGUGGGACAAGUCGAAGAACGAGAAGGGCCAUGAGGGUCAUUGGUCUGGCGCUGGGCGUCACUGAGCAUCUACUUUAUACCUUUAUUCGAGUGGGAAUUAUCCUGUCUACCUUAGUGGUCGGGCGAGUGGUGUCUUGUUUUACGCUUACCCUCUACAAACUAAUUUUAAUAUUCACAUUGUAGAGUUAGGGUGCUACAAUACUUAUUUUAA